AUGAAAUUAGAAUGGAUACUUCCCGCUGCGUGGCGCGGUCCGGUCCGGACUGGUGUGUGUCUGUGGGUCCGGCCCGGACUGGUGCGUCUCUGGGAGGGACGGGGGUGUACCUCCCGCUGCCUGCCCUCCGCGGCCCGGAGUUGUGUCUGUAGGUCCGGUCCGGACUAUUGUGGGUGUGUCUGUGUGUCUGUCUGUGCGCGCCGGCAGCGGGGCUCGGCGCCCCGCCGGCCGCUGUCCGACGCGAAUCUCUCACCGGACUCGGACUGGGGAAUACACCGGACCGAACUGGGGAAUACAGAGCGAACCACACCAGUCGACUCUGGGGAAUACAGAGCGAACCACACCAGUGGACUCUGGGGAAUACAGAGCGAACCACACCAGUCCACUCUGGGGAAUACAGAGCGAACCACACCAGUCGACUCUGGGGAAUACAGAGCGAACCACACCAGUCGACUCUGGGGAAUACAGAGCGAACCACACCAGUCGACUCUGGGGAAUACAGAGCGAACCACACCAGUCGACUCUGGGGAAUACAGAGCGAACCACACCAGUCGACUCUGGGGAAUACAGAGCGAACCACACCAGUCGACUCUGGGGAAUACAGAGCGAACCACACCAGUCGACUCUGGGGAAUACAGAGCGAACCACACCAGUCGACUCUGGGGAAUACAGAGCGAACCACACCAGUCGACUCUGGGGAAUACAGAGCGAACCACACCAGUCGACUCUGGGGAAUACAGAGCGAACCACACCAGUCGACUCUGGGGAAUACAGAGCGAACCACACCAGUCGACUCUGGGGAAUACAGAGCGAACCACACCAGUCGACUCUGGGGAAUACAGAGCGAACCACACCAGUCGACUCUGGGGAAUACAGAGCGAACCACACCAGUCGACUCUGGGGAAUACAGAGCGAACCACACCAGUCGACUCUGGGGAAUACAGAGCGAACCACACCAGUCGACUCUGGGGAAUACAGAGCGAACCACACCAGUCGACUCUGGGGAAUACAGAGCGAACCACACCAGUCGACUCUGGGGAAUACAGAGCGAACCACACCAGUCGACUCUGGGGAAUACAGAGCGAACCACACCAGUCGACUCUGGGGAAUACAGAGCGAACCACACCAGUCGACUCUGGGGAAUACAGAGCGAACCACACCAGUCGACUCUGGGGAAUACAGAGCGAACCACACCAGUGGACUCUGGGGAAUUCAGAGCGAACCACACCAGUCGACUCUGGGGAAUACAGAGCGAACCACACCAGUCGACUCUGGGGAAUACAGAGCGAACCACACCAGUCGACUCUGGGGAAUACAGAGCGAACCACACCAGUCGACUCUGGGGAAUACAGAGCGAACCACACCAGUCGACUCUGGGGAAUACAGAGCGAACCACACCAGUCGAAUCUGGUGAAUACAGAGCGAACCACACCAGUCGACUCUGGUGAAUACAGAGCGAACCACACCAGUCGACUCUGGGGAAUACAGAGCGAACCACACCAGUCGACUCUGGGGAAUACAGAGCGAACCACACCAGUCGACUCUGGGGAAUACAGAGCGAACCACACCAGUCGACUCUAG